CGAUGGCGCAAGGCACUUAGGGCUGCGUGGGUCGGCUUUAGGUAUAUAUACGCUUGGAAAGCCACCCUGAUGAGACUUGUUUUAGAUUCUAGCCAUCCGAUCUCAUUGCAAACGAUCUGUCAGAGAAUAGUUAUAUCUGUUUCAGCUUCAGAAAUAGUAUUCGACAAUGUCGACUGAACUCAUUCCGCGUCCCGUUGCUAUCGCCUUGCGAUUUGCGCAGGUUGCUUUCGCAGCCAUCGUCGCUGGCCUUAUUGGAUACUUCCUCAAUGUCCUUGGCGGUGACGGAGAUAGCUGGACAACUGGUCGGUGGAUCUACGCCGAAGUUGUUGCUGGCGCCUCCAUCGUGCUUGGAUGCAUUUUAAUGAUUCCUAGCUUUCAUGGCUGCUUUGUUUGGCCAGUGGAUAUCACCCUAGGUCUGGCUUGGCUCGCGGCCUUUGGUAACUUAGUCAACACCCUGGAUGGCACUGUCUGUGGACAAAUCGACGACAUUAGCAACUUCAGCAACACAAAUGCCAACUGCGCUCAAGGGCAAGCUGGAGAGGCGUUUGCCUUUUUGUCUGGGAUUGCUUGGUUGGUUACUGGGAUUUUGGGCAUAUACUAUGUCUGGCGCUCCGACCAACAGCGUCUUGGAUACUGGGCCAAGCACUACGAGGUGUAGAAACGUCCUCUGAGGUCCAUCGAUGCUUGCGAUGUACAUGAUGCUUUAUGAUAAUGAACAGUGAGAUGAUUGGUGCUAUCGUGAUACGCGUCCGAUACCCCUGUCAACACGAGCCCAACUCUUCAACUUG